GAGCAAUUCAAACUCAAAAUGUAUUUUUAAACAAUGAUCGGAUAUUUUUCUAUGUAAAUAUUUUGUUCCCUUAUCCUGAAAUUUUUGGGGUUCAGGGUGAAGAACGGAAAGACAUCAAAGUUGAGGAUAAAGAGGAAGAAGAAGAGAGGUUGGUGAGUGGAGAUCAGCAGUCUAUGGAGGAGGGGGAGAUGAUUAUGAAGAGUAAACAGGAGGAAUCUUCUCUACAUAAGGAUACAAAUGGACUGUAUGGCCAGAAUUCCUCGGACGGACUUUGUAUUUUACCUCCAGCUUAUCAUACAGAAGAUAUUGGAACCAGACGACGUUCUCCGGGAACCAAUCCCGUUCCUCAAAACGUAAAUCACAGAUCAAUGGAUAGCAGUGGACAAUCCUCCGAUAAAUCCCGUCCUAUGACUUCCGAUACCCCUCUGACAUCUCGCGGUGCGGUCAGAUCAACGACUCCAUCUAAUCUGAAGAAAUCUUCUAUAAAAAAUGAAGUUCACACAGGCGAGGAUAAAAUGUCAUGUCUGGGGUGCGGGAAAUCUUUCAAGCUUAGAUCUGAACUUCUUUUACACCUCAGAUCUCACACCAGCGUGACUUUUACGUGUUCAGAGUGCGGGGAAUCUUUCUCCGAAAAAAGCGAGUUUCAGACGCACCAGAAAAGCCACAGGGGGGAGCGACCUUAUUCAUGUUCAGAGUGCGGGAAAAGCUUCACAGAGAAAAGCGUACUUCUCACACACCAGAGAAUUCACACGGGGGAGCGUCCUUUUUCGUGUUCAGAGUGCGGGAAGUGUUUCAUUCAGAAAGGAGCGCUUGUUACCCACCAAAGAAUCCACACGGGCGAGCGUCCUUAUUCCUGCCCGGAGUGCGGGAAAUGUUUUGCCGAGAAAGGUAAACUUCUUGCGCACCAGAGAAGUCACACGGGUGAGUUUCCUUUCUCAUGUUCAGAGUGUGGGAAAUGUUUCAAUGAGAAAGGAAAACUUAUCAGGCACCAGAAAAGUCACACGGACGAGCGUCCUUUUGCGUGUUCAGAGUGUGGGAAAAGUUUCACAGAGAAAAGAGCACUACUGAUACACCAGAGAAUUCACACGGGCGAAUAUCCUUUCUCCUGUUCGGAGUGCGAAAAAAAGGUUCACGCAGAAGGCGCACCUCCUUAGACACC